AAUGGGAGGGGGUUUUAUGGGGAAGGGGUGAUCCUCAGUGGGGGGUGAUAGGUUCCCGGAUUGAGAUUUUCGCCAUUUUUUUUUACUCCAGUACAACCGGUGGGGUGGAAACGCCACUGAUCUAUCCGUUGAUUUCACAGGACCCGCCGACAGAUUGACCUAGUAGCAGCAACUGUCGAGCAUUUUUUAUCAAUUUGUCAGUUUAAACUAAACUUCGCCACUCGCAACAAAAUGGGCGACCGGGACGAUUUAGUAUAUCAGGCAAAACUCGCCGAGCAGGCGGAAAGAUAUGACGAAAUGGUGGAGUCCAUGAAGAGAGUGGCCGGGUUGGAUGUGGAACUAACAGUCGAGGAGCGAAACCUACUAUCAGUGGCCUACAAAAAUGUCAUUGGGGCGAGGAGAGCAUCAUGGAGGAUAAUCAGCAGUAUUGAACAAAGGGAAGAAAACAAGGGUGGAGAAGACAAAUUGAAAAUGAUCCGGGAAUACAGGCAAACGGUUGAGAAUGAGCUGAAGUCAAUCUGUAAUGACAUUCUUGAUGUACUGGACAAGCACCUUAUUCCAGCUGCUAAUACGGGAGAGUCCAAGGUCUUCUACUACAAAAUGAAAGGCGAUUACCACAGGUAUCUGGCUGAGUUUGCCACCGGGAACGACCGGAAGGAGGCUGCAGAGAACAGUUUGGUCGCCUACAAAGCUGCUAGCGACAUCGCCAUGAUCGAACUGCCACCGACACACCCCAUUCGCCUAGGCCUCGCUCUUAACUUCUCCGUAUUUUACUAUGAAAUCCUCAACUCGCCCGACCGCGCGUGCAGGUUGGCGAAGGCUGCGUUCGAUGACGCCAUCGCAGAGCUGGACACGCUGAGCGAAGAAAGCUACAAGGACUCCACACUAAUCAUGCAGUUGUUACGUGACAACCUGACACUAUGGACUUCAGACAUGCAGGGAGAUGAGUCCUAAAGGAGCAAAACAGCUGUUCAUUUCCCAUAAUCUGUACUUUCAGGUGAAGAACAGAACAAAGAGGCGCUGCAAGAUGUGGAGGAUGAGCCCCAGUGAGACAUUACAGCCAACCUGAGACCCCACCCACCCCACCCCCACACACAAAAAACUGUGGCCGCCACGCCCAAGUGACCGCGGCUCUCAGCAGCUCUCUGGCCACAUGGUCUUAGAAAUAAUCAGUCAUUGUUAUUAUUUGUUUUUGUUUUUGUUUUUUUGCCCUUUAAUUCAAUUCAAAUAUAAAUACCACUUAAUUGAGACAAUAAAUACAAUUUUGGAAAGGCAAAGAGUCCCUGGUUUAUUUUAUUUUUCUUGGUACACGCGGUUCUGAAAAAAUUCUUUGUUUUCAUUAUUGUAUUGUUUUAAUUUUGUUUUGUUUAUGCUCUUUCCUCAAUAUUUUAUCAGUUGCUGGAUGUAUUUUGAGAUUUCUUUUUCUUAAUGUAAUUACAGAAAUUAACUUUUAUUACUGAUACGUCUAUUAGUUGUGGGAGCUGUAAUAUUUCUGUUAGUGAGAGAUGCAAAUCAUUAAUCCUUUUUAAGGGCAAGUCUAAACAAAGUCCUCUUUCGUGAACCUAGUUUAUCAGAGGAAGUUGGCAAAAUUCUUGAUAUCCACGUGGAGCAAAAUGCUUAACUUUUACACCAUAGUGAUUCUAUUGUGAUGUUUUGGAUUGUAUGUUGUGCUAAAAUACUGUAUUGCGAAUACUUGCUGAUUUCAGAUGAGGGCUGGUAGCCGUAAAAAUCAGAGGAAGCGUUGCGUUAACAGACAGUUCUCGACUGGCUUCUGUUGCAAGAUGACAGGGUUCUAAAUAGAUGAUUUCAAGCCUGCAUGAGUUCAUUAAUUUUCUGCCUCUUUCCCCUCCUUUUAUAUAGCUCAAUGUUUUCCUUUUCUUCUAGCUUCAUUAUGUGUAACUUACAGCUAAUUUGUACUACUGGAUAUCUGACUGGAGCCACAAUCUGUAUUGUUCUUACUGAAACACAGCAUGGAAUUAACAUUAAACAAUCUAAAUUAAACAUAC